AUGGCCAAAUGGUUUUCCCAAAAACCUAGCAGCGUCUAGGGUGUCGGCGGCCGAGGAUUGGGAGCUGGAUUGCAAGCAAGGCGCCAGCGAAUCGACACUGGAAGUGAGUGGAUUGCUUGAUUUUGGCGAGGAAAUCUCGCGUUGCGACGUCUUUUCUCGAGAUUCUGGCAUGGUGUAGGAAUUCUUCUCGUCGCGGCUCUUAGCUCAGAUUUCCGGGAGAAGCAGGCACAUUUUAGUUCGUGUACAGAUCUAGAGGAUCCCCGGGCUUGGUGUACAGUACCAGUGGCACAGAUUUGUACAAAACCAUGGACAGGAUAGGUGAUAGAAAGGUUGUAAAUGAGAGGAGGAUCGAGGAGGAACAACAGGAUUUAGGAUCGUUUCCUGCAAAUGAUGGCCGCUUUGAUGCCUCCCAGUACGCGUUUUUUGGACGAGACGUGACUCAAGAUGUUGAGCUUGGAGGAUUAGACGAUGACGAUGACGAAGACAUUGGUCAUCUUCAUGAGAUUGAGGAUGAUGUUUACUCGUCCACUGCCAGUAGAGCAGAGAUAGGAGCGUUCGAUGUCUCAUCUGAAGUGGAGGACGUUGGCGAACUUACGAGCUCCUUUUUGAAGCUAAAUGCGAUUGAUUCUGGCGACAGAUUUCGAAGUCAACUGGAUGAGGUUGGAAUUACGGAAAAAGAUGUUCACGACUUUCCCGUCGAUGUGACUUGGGCCGGAAACGAGUACGAGAGGAAUCAGUGGGCUCAGUCGAGACAAAGCUCACAGCAAACAAUAGCAGAGUUGCAGCAGAGGACAGAAGAGCUCUAUCAAAGAGCCAGAACUUCGGAUUCUUCGCAGCAAACCAUAGAUGAUCUGCAACAGCGGGCAGAAGAAAUCUAUCAAAGGAUCAGGUCUUCUUCUGAUUCGGGGCAGCAGCAGCAACAAUGGUGGCGUGACGGUGGCUCUAUUCAGCCUCCUGGUUACAAUCUGCCCAAGUCUCACGGCUGGCCUGGACAAGCUCCAGCUUCGUCCUCAGGACCGGUUGUAAAUAGUGCGUUCAAGUCCCAGCAGUUUACGAAUCCUCAAAUGGCACAGGCAAUGAUGGGUCCGUGGUUACAGUCGAACGUGGCACCGAUUCCUCCAGGCGCUGUUCGACACCCUCUGCCUCAACAAAAUCCUCUCAUGCCGUCCCAAGUGGUGCUACAGCAGUAUCAAAGGUCACAGGGAUAUCCAGCGCCGCCUUCCUUUGCUCAGAUCCAACAGCAGCAGCAGCAGCAACAACAGCAGGCAAUGAGCAUGUCCCAAAAGUCGGACUUAGCAGGCUUGGGGGAUUUCAGAGAUCCCAGGGGAAGGCAGCAGACUCCUCGGGGCUCUCCAGAUAGCUCGUAUGGUUCCAGGAAAAGCUUGGACUCUUCACCUCAGAUGCGAUCCAAGUAUAUGACGACGGACGAGAUCGACACCAUUGUGAGGAUUCAAUGGGCUGCAACGCACGGAAGUGAUCCAUACAUUGACGACUACUACCACCAGGCAAUGCAGUCGAAACAGGCGGGUGGUACGCCGCACGGAAGACGGCAUUUCGCUCCUUCUCAUUUGCGGGAGCUCCCGUCCCACGCACGAACAGCAGCAGAGCCGCAUGCCUUUCUCCAGGUUGACGCGCUAGGGAGGAUUCCUUUCUCGUCGAUUCGCAGGCCACGACCAUUGCUCGACGUAGACGGCGUCAACAGCACGGGUGACAGACUAUUGUCAUCCGACAGUGCUUCAAGUCAGAGACGCUUGGAGCAGGAGCCGAUGUUAGCCGCAAGGAUUGCUGUGGAGGACGGGCUGUGCCUGCUCUUGGACGUCGACGACAUCGACCGCAUGCUGGCCGUCUCUCAGCAUCCCGACGGUGGUGGCCAGUUGCGGCGACGCAGACAAAUGCUGCUGGAAGGACUGGCAGCCUCGCUUCAGCUGGUCGAUCCUUUGGCUCCAGGCAGUGCGAUGAGAGACUCGAGCGGACGGUUUGGACUGGCUGCCAAGGAUGAUCUGGUGUUCCUGCGGUUGGUCUCGCUCCCCAAAGGCAGGAAGCUCCUCACCAGAUAUCUACGACUGCUCGUCCCGGGAAGCGAGCUCGUUCGCAUCGUCCUCAUGGCAGUUUUCCGGCAUUUGAGGUUCUUAUUCGGCGGCGUCCAGUCCGAUCCAAGCGCUGCGGCUUCGUCCACUGGUCUCGCGAAUGCAGUCGCCGCCACCAUCAAAACCAUGGACUUGCCAUCUCUCAGCGCCUGCCUCGCAGCGGUGGUCUUGGCAUCGGAGCCGCCACCUUUGAGACCGGUAGGAAGCCCGUCCGGCGAUGGAGCCACGGUGGCUCUCCAGGCAGUGCUGGACCGAGCUACGAGCAUCCUGACGGACAGGAACGUCCAGUACCCGCUCCAGAACACGAGCGUGUGGCAGGCUUCGUUCGACGCCUUCUUCGGCCUGCUGUCCAAGUACUGCACCAACAAGUACGAGAGUAUAAUGCACUCGCUGCUCAUGGCGUCGGCCGGGAGCUCGGCGGCCAUCAACGCGGCGGCGGCGGCGGCCAUGACUCGCGAGAUGCCGAUCGAGCUGCUGCGCUCCAGUCUGCCGCACACCAACGAGAACCAGCGCAAGAGGCUGCUGGAGCUCGCGCAGAGGUCGCUGGUGAUGGGAGUGGGCGUUGGCGAUGGGCAUGUCAGUGCCGCCGCGGCGGUGAGAGGCUGAGGUAUGGUCGAUCUCUUCCUUGGUUUCCUUGAUAGCAUUGCGCACUAAUGCCUUGGCGUUCUUUUUUGCUAGAAAACCAUGCACCAGGUGCAAAUAAAAUGUGUCAUUACUCGUUUUAAACACUUGCUGGCACUGAUGUGAUCUUGCACGAACAAUGUGAAUAUUUCGGACCGCAGAGCUGGUGGCUGAUGUCUGAUGUGGACUUCCAGAAUACUGAAUUUGGCUCCACUCCGCUUGAAGCUCAGUAUAAACUAGCGGGCCGAUUUCAAGCGCUGAUGUGAAGGUUGCGCCUUAAGACGAGAUGGAGACGUAUAGCAGCUUGUGUUACUUCGAGAGUCAUGGAAGCAAAUGAGUGAUCACGAUCACAAUUCCAAAAUUUUGAUACAGAUGGUAUUUCCAUAUUUUGAUAAAUAAGAUAUAUUCAGUCCCGUAUUAA